UUGUUCGGUUUUGAUCGCUUACACGUGCGCUCGUUGGAGUCGCGUCAUCGUUCUCAAGCCAUUUACUUGUUGCUGUUCUUAUAAUUCGUAUUCAAUUGAGCUUUAUGAAUUAUCUCUAGUAGAGGGUCUUAACAUGACUAUCAAUUCUAGCUAAAGAUAUUAUGGAUAAUUUCCUGCAUAGUUGGAACCAGACACCUUUUGUGCAAAACUGCCUGGUUAACCUUCCUCAAUAACAAUAACGAUAUAUUUUAUUUUUGUACAACAAGAUGAAAUUACAAUAGAAUACUAAAUACUUUAAUACAAAUCGGGUACUGGCUGUCUAGAAAUAACUAAAAAGCUAAUCUAGCUAGACAGCCAAAAUUAAAUAACUUACGAGAUUCUGUCGUCAGACGAAGCACAAGUAUAAAAAAAACAGCAAAAAAUAGACAAGCAAACACGAAAAGAAAAGGAAAAGAAUGUGUGAAUAAACUUAGAUAAGAACGGAACAUACAGAGCGAAAAUUAUACAUACAUGAAAAUAUACAUGGCAAAAACGUCUCAGAUCUAGUAAGAGGUUAUGAAAUUUAUUUUUAUAGUUUUUUUUAAUCGGAUAAAGGGUAGCUGCUUAGCUGAGUAGUCGAUUUUAUUCCAUGUUAUAACUCCUUGGAAGCAAAUAUUGAACUUGCCAUAGUUUGUACGAACUGAUGGAAGACAGUAGGAUGAGCUCGAGGCUAGCCUGGUUUCAUACGUGUGCCUUGAGCUGAUGGGUGUGAGGAAAUUAUUAAAUGGAAUAGGUAAUAAUUGUGAGUAAAAUUUGAACAUGAAUUGAGAGUUGAGAUAUUAUAUAAUGUCUUGGAAUUUAAGGAUUCAUAUUUUUUUAAAAAGGGGAGAGGUAUGCUCAGUAAACGAGGGAAAAGUGAUAAGACGGAUUGCUCUUUUUUGUAGUCUAAAUAAAGGCAUUGUUGUGGUUUGGUAAGUGUUUCCCCAUAUUAUAGCACCAUAGGCCAAAAAUGGGUAAACGAGGGCGUAGUUUAAUUGAGUAAGAAUUGGAGAUUUUCUUACAAGUUUGGUUAAGUUGCUCCUUCCAGUUAAGGUGAGAAUCUAUUAUAACUCCAAGAUAUUUGAUACUAUCUUUUUGUUUAAUUACCUUAUUUUGUAACCUUAAGGAUAUUGAUCUAUGUAACUUCUUUUGAGUAGGAUGAAAUAUGACAAAAUUAGUUUUGUCAAUGUUCAGUGAAAGUUUAUUUGUACAAAGCCAUAUAUGGACUUUAGUUAAUUCAGAAUUCACAAUACUUUCUACAUGUUCGAGUUUUGGGUCAGUAAGAUUUGCGUCAUCUGCAAACAUGAAAAUCGAAUAGGUUGGAGCAAUUAUGAAAGUCAUUUACAUACAGAAGGAAAAGAAGUGGACCAAGUACAGACCUCUGUGGUACACCACAAGUGACAGAAGCUAGCAAGGAUGAGGAAUUCCUUAUGGAAACAAAUUGUUUCCUGUUUGACAAGCCAAAUAUGGUCAUCCAUGUUUGUGAUGAAAGCAAAAACUUGAAACAGGAUUUUACAUGUCCAAGGGACUUGCUUAUUCGUGAGAUGCGAUAUUUUGCGGAGUACCUAUCAGUAGAAGCACAGCGCUGGGAAGAGGUAGACAUCUCAGUCCAUUGUGAUGUUCAGAUAUUUGAUUGGCUGAUGAAGUAUGUUAAAAAGGGGCUUAUGGAAAAAGGCAAAAAAGUAGAUGAAAAACCUCCUAAAUUAGAGCCCAACAAUGUGAUAUCUAUACUGAUAUCGUCUGACUUUCUCAAAAUGGAUAACUUGGUGAAUGAUUGCAUCAGCUUCUGUCAUGAGAAUAUGUCUGCCAUUGUCAGUACACCUUGUAACAUGAAUUGCAUCAAUGACAAGCUUGUAACAAGAAUUUCCGAGCUGUUCAACCACAAUGAGCUGGAUGAAGUAAAAGAUCGCAAAGAUAAAUUCAAAAGUAAAUUGUUUUGUAAGAAGAUAGAAGAGCUGUUUGACCCCAAUAAGACGACCAUCUGUAGUCCCGCUAGUGCCUGCACCAUGUAUAGAUGUUCAGCUUGCCACAGACUGAUUACACAGGAAUCCCAAGAGAGGCUGAGAUGUGCACUAAGCAGGAUGACGAUUGAUCACAGAGGGCGGGUGACAUUCAGCCAUGUCAGGGACCCUAAUUGGGACGUGAAUGAAUACAUCCAGGGAUUAAGGGAAAAGUUUAAGUCUUGGAGAGAUGUGUACUGGAGGUUGUGGGGCUCUGUAAAUAUUCUGUACUGCUAUCGCUGCGGCGAAUAUUUUCCAUGCUGCGAACUGGGUCACUGUCGUUACCAUACCUCCAGCGCGGAUUUCGGCAGCCACAAGGGUACCAUUGUGGGCGUGUACCCGUGCUGUCAACAGAGAGUGCUUCCAUUCGACCCGACUGGACAGCUGGCAGGGUGUAGUCACCGCGAUCACCGGGUCAGCAGAAACACGCCUUCUCCAGCCACAGCGAACCCAUCUACAGAGGCAGCGAACGAGGAGAUCAAGGAGAACAUCCAAACAAAUGAGGGUUCCAAAAUAGCAGAAGCCGGUAAAGCAGAGCAGCCACCCACCGUGCAGCCACAAGGUGCAGAGGAAAAUCAAGCGGUUGUUAACAACCCUGUGGUGGUGGACGACCUACACAACCACCGCAGCUUAGUGGUCGUGCCUUUUCAGCGGCUUCACAGUGCAAGGUUAUCAGAAAUUAACGUUUUUGGAGUAGAAGAGACUGCACACUCUAACCAACCUCGUUCGACCGACCUCGAGGUUGUGAGCAGUGUGGAAAAAAUCCUCGGCACUACUGACUCAAGGCAACAAGCGAGCGACGCACAAUCGACCAUCUCCGCAAUUAGGCGCGCCCGCAGUCGAGCCGUACAGCAGCGCGCUCGCAAGAUGCGACUGCCUUCCCGAGAGGAUACCGAACACGAUACGGGCGAAGACGAGGACCAGCCGGAGUCUACCGACACAGAGCCUGAAAUUAAAGGUCCUCCCAAGCCACGCCCUCCAAGAAAAGUGACGUCAGCAUCUCGCCGGGAUUUCAGCACCUUUAAAAGCUAUAAAUGGGACCCGCAGCGCUCGUCUCGCUGGAACCAAGACGCACAAAGAGAAGAGGACCAAAAGCGCAUGAGUGAGCUGGUGACGUAUCUUACACGACAAAGACAACACCAGGCACCGCAACAAGAGAAGGACAAGCAGAAAAUGAAAGAGUUUGCAGGAGGGCUUUAUUCAAAGCUGGAGUUCCAGUUUCGAGCUGCACAAACACAAGUCAACAAUAAACCUCCUAUUGGCAGCUCCUUGUCUUUUACAGGACAACGGGGGCGUAAACAAAUCGUCAAGUAAUCAUAUCCUCCUCUAGAUGACACGCUUUACAUUUCCCUCAAUUGUAAUUUUGUAAUAUAAAUGUUGUAAUAUUGUAAAUGCAAGUAUGGGAAUAUAUAAAAUACACCAAAAGAA